AUGGCAUCUCACACACCCAAUGCCCCCCAAGGCGGCUGCUAUCAGACCGGUCAGACGACGCAGCAGAACAACGAGCUUAAUGAAUCGGGUGUCCAAGUGAGACCUAUGGGUCUCAAGGUGCAUUACACCUUCGAUAAAGAGGCCAAGGUCAAUUGCCUCGCACGAUCAGCACAGACUCUCUACGUGCAGACAGUUCCCCUUGAUGAAGUGAAUUCUAUCGGCAUCGUCGACCUACGAUCCUGUCUCCAGGCAGUCACAGAAUGCAGCCCCGAACUUUCGAGCCAGAACGGCGAAGGCGACUUCACAAUCUACGCACACGAUUACUCGGAACCAGAUACUCCUUUAGUCGGUCAAGGCAUGCUAUCGUGGGCACUCGACUCGAUGCGGUGUGACUGGAUGGCCCAGCUGCCCAAGAUGAUCACUGGGAGGGUCACCAAAAAUGUUCUUGCUGUCUUCGGUGGAGGAAACCGUGAGACACUCGAGGUCAAACUCAAGUUUUCCGCCGCAGGCCGGGUUCUGCGGCCUGAACCGACUGCUGACAUGCCCUCGAUGGAUAUGCAGCAGAUUCCUCUGCAGCCUGCCCCAUUACAACCGGGAAAACCUGCUGAAACUGUCAUGACGCCCGGUGCAGAAUGGACUUCUUUUAUGCAAUCAAACCCUAACUUUGGACACACCGGUCAUGUAUCACGGGUAGCUUCUCCUGCCCUAUCCCAAGCAGGACCAAUGUCUAGCAUAAACGAAAGGAGAAGUUCGUUCGCCGGCCAAACCAUGGAACAGGCCAACUCCGGACCAGAUAUACAGCGAAUAGCCCCUAUGCCUGUCACCGGAGCAACCACAACAAACCCGAAAUCCAGGCCCUCUAGCAGAAAUUCCCGGAAGAAACCGCCAACGGGUCGGCCCCGUGGUAGGCCACGAAAAAAGCCUACUGAGGGAAACACAUCUGGAUACGAAGAUGGCACAGAAGGUGAGGAUGGUGGUUCAGGACCUGCUCCAAAAAGGGCCAAGCCAACCAGAGUUGAAAAGGCCGUUCCAAAUCCCUUCACUUCUGGUCCAGAAUCUCUUCGUGUCACCGCUAGUACCGCUGGCUCGCUUCGAAACUUCCGCCCUGUUGCAAGCAACGAGGUGGUGGCCGGGAACCAUCUACAAGAAGUUCCCCGAGCUCCUACACCCGUCCCUGAUAGAGGACCUCUCGGUGGCCCUGCUCAGGCUGGCCCAAAAGGACCUAAGCCUCGGAGAGAGUCAUCGAUGAGGAAAGAGCUGGGUGCUGCUAUGAGCAAUCAGAUUCCCCCAAGGCCUCUCCGUGCCCUGUCACCGAGUCAAGAGGAUGGUCGCUCUCCUGAAUCACCUGUCGAGACCCCAACUUUUUCAGAAGACAGUCCACAAGAUAUGCGUUCAUCUCCUCCAUUGCCACCAACAGCAUCAUUCAUGCGAUCUAGUCCACCCCCUUCCAGUCCCGUCUUACCUCCAAUGCCGUCACUGCAACAGCAAGUGUCGAGUUUCGUUGAUAACGAGACCGACGACCUGUUUGAUGAACCUGUAUUACAACCAGCCAAAGAAGACCAGUUCCGUCAGCACAAGCCCCAGAAAGUGAUGGAAGAUAUCGACAGCACUGGAAUCCCAACUCAAGUUUUCCGUAUUCAAGAUGGUCCCGACGGUCAGGGCCUUGUCCAUAUUCAGAACUUCAACACUCCUCAACCAACAUCGGCCCCUGCUGGCCCUCCCCCGUCAGAACCUAUUACCGCAAAGAAGAUCCCUAAACCUCGACCGACCCGAAACUCUCCUCAAAAACGACCUACAAAUCCACCUCAACCACCAACACUCGCUCCAACGCCGCCUCCUACCACAGACGCGCCUGAGAAGAACAGCCCAGCGCCUGUUUCUGCAUCCUCGCCCGCAACUGUGGCUCAGCCAGUGGAAGAGGAUGCACUUUUUGAAUUAGUGCGCGCUGUCUCUAGUUCUUCUGAGCCUACCACUUCUACAGAUACUAACCCAUCUACUCAAGGAUCUCUACCUACUUCAAAAUCAAGUGCUGGCAAUGUCAGAUCAAAGCCUCGAGCACCGCGACAGCUGGGCCGCUCGCAGUCCGCGGGGGUCUUAGCUUUACCUUCUGUGCCAGCCAGUGAGCCUCUUGAACCAUCUUCACUUUCUCAAUCUAUGACUGCUGAGCCUCGUGCUUCAACAGAGAUUCCGGAUUGUCUUCGCCGCUCCAAAUCGGCCAAUAUCCACGCGCAGGUUGCCGCCAGUGAUCCCAUCGGGCCAUCGGAGACAUCUCUAGUCGCCAAUCUCCUACCUACUCUCCCCGAGGUUACUUUCCCGCAGAGCGACUUCCCUCCGAUGCCCUCGUCUCCCCCUUGCAAGUCCAACAAAAACCUGGUCAAGAAGCAUUCAAUCAAACAACGCCUGGAGUCCGCAAUUGCAGCUGGCGAAAUGCCCCCUUUCUGCACGAACUGUGGUGCCAUUGAAACUCCUACUUGGCGCAAGAUUUGGGUCCAGGAGCAUGAUGGAAUCCCAGAGUAUGUGGAAUACUCGGAGAAACCUGGAAGGGUUACCGCCAUUGAAAUUCUAAAACGCGACGAGGAUAAGAAGCCGUUGUCUCACCGGCUUAUCAAGAAAACACUUGGCUUUGACGACGAUCGCAGCAAAUGGUCGGAAAAGCUCCUCUGCAAUCCAUGUGGUAUCUGGAUUGCCAAAUACCAUAACCACCGCCCUCAAGACAAAUGGGAUAAUGCUUUCGGGCAUUUGGGACAAAGUCGAAAGAAGCGAUCGUCUGCAGGCCCUGAUUCGCAGGCGAAACGAUCCCGUACUAAGAGUACCUCUGUGCCUGCUCCUGCUCCCACCGCGCAAGUGUAUGCUGCUACAAAUCCCCUGGGCCCAAUCCAGCAAUCAUCUCCUAAGCAGUUUGAUGUCCGCUCGAUGGUUAUAGAGGCUAAUGAGGAUGUGGUCAUGGGCAAUAUACUCAAUCUGAUGGCGGAUGACGGACGGCAUAUUAAGGACAUGAGCCAGUCAGUCCCGGGGUCAACACAUUCCAGAGUUUCUAGGGGUACUGGAACUGCCGAAAGCCCAAUCGAGAUGGACCUCGACGAGGAGCUUGGAUGCACGCGACGCCUACUUUUCCCAUCCCCUCGCAAAGAAGGAGCACAAAAGACCCUUAGAGAGUUGAACAUCAACAUGGCUAAAAUCAACGAUGGUCGACACAACAAGGAAGCUGCUGGCAAAGAAAACAUGGCAUUCGAGACUUAUAACGGCGGACAUCUUGACGAUGACAUCGAGGCGCUGUUCAACAGCCCUGCUCGCCCUUCCACACCACCACCCAAAUCCAAGAUUGACACGGACUCAGCACUGUUUAAGACGCCGACUCGUCCGACGCCCAGUCACCGUCCCAUAACAAGGAGUGUAUCACGGAGCGUUUCACGUUCUCUUCGAUCAGUGAGAGAUAUGCUGUCUCCUGGUCAACAAACACUACUGCAACGAACACCAACCAAAAGCCCUGCGAGCGUUAGGCGUAGCCCGCGGCUGAACCUUGAAAACAAACUUGAUAACGUUCUCGACACUCCCCUGAGCAGAACCAUUACACAACUACUAUCUGAACCAAACUUUGAUUUGAACAACACCAACUUUGACUUUUCCAGUCUUCCAUUACUUGAUACGGACCCUUCCAGCUUGAUCGAGUUUGGCAACUUCCUCAGCGCCGACGGUAUCAUGCAAGGUUCCCCAACAAAAGAUGGUUCUCUGUCUUUCUCGUACGGAGGUUCGGAUAAUGUCUGGCCUGAAUGGGAUGGUACCGAGAAGGAAAACUACACCACGAGCAUGACGGAACUGGAUGUUUGA